GCACCGUCGAACGAAAAGUCGCGUAGUUAAAAAUCCGAAUGGAAUCGAAGCGAGCAGUUUUUUCUUUGCAACAUCAGCCAUCAUCGUCGUCGUCGCCGCGGUCCGUCGUCAUUUUCGUCGGAUGUUUGUGAAAAACUGGAACCAUGAUCUGUUCCGGAACGAACGGAUCCAAGCAGUUUUGAGAUUGUUUCGCGGAUUGGGAAUUGUGCCGAGUGGUGACCAGAUAGGUUAAGUGCGGAAUUUUCACGGCGAAAAGUGUGCAGUAAAGAGCUUUCCUACAUUAUUUGAAGUUGCGGGGAGAAGCAAAAGGAAUAAGAAGCAGAGGGUUUUUUUUUCGGAAGAAAUCGACGGGAGUGGAAGAAAAGAGAAUCGGUAACAAAAGUGUGUGGAAGUGAAGGAAGAAUCUUUCUUCGGUCGGAGGCUGGAAAGAAGCGUAAAAUAAAGUGUGCGUGUGUUAUUGAAGAAGAGGGUGUUGCUUUAGGUAUUAUUUUGCUCUGAUUUUUUCUCCGUGCUGAACAUCCAAGAAGCGGUGCUACGCCACCAAUCGAAUUCUGAUUGCUCCUGGAUUCAAGAUUCAGGGAUCUGUGCUUCAAAAUGAGUUCCAACAAUACGGCCACCACAAACAGCAGCAGCACCACCAGCAGUAACAGCAGUAGCAGCAGCGGAUCGAACAGCAUCGAGGCGGAAUACAACGAGAUCGAGUCUCGCCAUGGAUGGGCUUUGGUUUUCCAGGAAAUCCGGGAGAAGAGCGAACAGGAAGCACGGUCGAAGGAUUUUUCCACCAAUGAGUCGAAAAAGUUGGAUAACAGGCGAUUGAAUCGGUACAGGGACGUGUCUCCCUACGACCACUCCCGGAUCGUGCUGAAGCGAGGCGAGACUGACUACAUCAAUGCCAAUCUGGUUAAGAUGGAACGGGCCGAGCGAAAGUAUAUCCUCUGUCAGGGUCCGCUACCGCUCACCGUUGGACACUUCUGGCUCAUGGUGUGGGAAUACAAUUCCCGGGCGAUACUGAUGCUGAACAAACUAAUCGAAAAGAAACAGAUCAAGUGCCACCUGUACUGGCCGGAAAAGAUUGGCGAAGAGCACAAAUUGGAACUCCCGGAAGUACAGCUGGCAAUCGAGUACGUCAAGUGUGUCGAGUAUAAAAACUUCUGCAAAAGGACGUUCCGAUUAACUGACAUGGAAUCGAGUAAAACACGAGAAGUUGUACAAUUCCACUAUACCACUUGGCCGGACUUUGGCAUUCCCAGUUCCCCGGUGGCGUUUUUGCAGUUUUUGAAAGAGGUUCGAGAGUCGGGAGCGCUAGAUAAGGAUGUAGGUCCACCGAUCAUUCACUGCAGUGCAGGAAUCGGCCGGUCCGGAACGUUUUGCUUGGUAGACUGCUGUCUAGUGUUGAUCGAUAAGGAAGGAGAAGACAAGGUGGCAGUACAAGAUGUUCUGCUGGAAUUGCGGCGAUACCGCAUGGGACUGAUACAAACAGUAGAUCAAUUGUAUUUCUCAUAUCAAGCUAUCAUUGAAGGCAUGAAGCGUAUGAAUAAUUCGUCAUUCGAAGAUUUCGAAGAGCUGUCGGUGGUGGCAACCAAUAAUCAGGUCACAUCGGAUCAAGAGAAUGACGAUACCCCACCGCCUUUACCGCCACCUCGAUCGCACUCGCUUACAAUCGCUCAGAAACCGUUGCCACUGAUUCCAAACAGCGAAAGUGUCCACGAAGAUUUCCUAACGUGCAACGAGCGGGACAUGGUUAACAAUUUGGUGAACCUAGAAAAGAGUAAGCAAUAUGAGAUUAGUAAGGAUCGACCGCUGCCACCGUUACCUAAGGACUCGCUGGAGAAGGUACACGAGGCGACCAGUUCAGGUGAUAGUGGCGCGUCCAGUAGUGAUGAGGACGAGCUUAUUGAGGAAAACGAUAGCGACCAAAACGGUGAUGACAGUGAGGAGGACAAUAGUGAUAACAUCGAAAGCUCCGUGCUAGACGAUACAACGAUAACCAGUUCGUCCUCGUCGGCAAUGACUUCAACGUCGACGGCCACAUCUACGACAUUGACAACGACGACCAGUGCAACAGCAACGGCAGCCAACAGUAAUACAUCGACGUUGGAAUCCAAUCGUGGCGGAGAAAAGUUCGAUGCCAAUGCGACGCUGCCACCAGUGCCCAAUGGUGUGGACAGCAAUAGUAAUAGUGCCGGAGAGGAAGCAGUGUCUAGCCCAGAGAGAGGACAAUCACCAAACGCCGAGCUGCGCCGCCGGAAACGACUCGAGCGCCAGUCCGCAAUGGAGGAAAAGAUUCGGGAAAUCAAACGCAAGCAGAAGGAAUCGGAAAGCAAUUCGCCGAAAAAGCGCAGGUCAAUAAUUCUUACCAUUGCAGCCGGUGUCUGUAUCGGUGUGCUCUGUGUCUACCUGUACACGAGAACGAUGUAAAAGCAAAACCGCCCCCUCGUUUCUAUCCUAUUUCCCUAUAACUGCAAAUGCUCGUCCUGCAGCAGCUUCCGUCGUUUCCUUGUACACGCCCCCCGUAAAGUGUACCUCGCAUCUUCGCACGGUACGGGCUCAUUGCAUUUAGAAAUUUCACACAGAAGGGGAAAGUCGGGAGAAUGUUUACCAGUUAUUGUAUGAAAGUAUGUUUUGCAUUUUUGCUCGAUUAUUUCCAUUUUUUCUCGAAGUGAGAAUAUUUUACCGAGAUAUACUGAAAAGCAGGACAGAAAUGAGGAGCGAAUUUAUUUAUUGCCAGAUAACAUCUGUAUAUCUGUAGCAAUUAUAUACAAGCGAACUGUGAAGUGUCGAACAAGUAGAAGAAGGCACAUUCUUAUAGAGCAAGAGGAGCAGUACAGCUAUUAACCAACUAAAGCCGAUUAAUUGUGUAGUUUUAAAAUACGAUCAAUGUUGUAUAGUGCUGAACACUCACAGAUACACACAUUAGACAUGCCGGUGUUUUGGUAACGUCGAGAUCGUAGCGCGUUCUGAGAAUGGAUUUUUCAGAUUCAUGUUUUUGAUUUAUUCUCCUGGAGUCAUCGGAUUCAUUCCAAGUAGCGAAAUCGAAUGAAAUAUUAGGAUAUUGAGCUCUUUCCAAGAGCGGUACAUCCCAUACAUAAUGUCGACAUCAUUCACACUCAUACACACCCACAUGUUAAUCUAAAUUUGCGUUAGUUUAAUAUUCAAACAGAAUGCCGAACGAAAGUUUACAUAUCAAGUAGAUUGGUGCAGCAUUGAUACUAUGGUUCUCACCUAGAGUGCGUAUUUCUGCUGCAAUGCCAAUUGCCCUUGAUGUGUUCUUUUUCGUUUAGACGAAGCAUAAUAAUAAUAGUACCUAGUUGAUAAUAGGUACACACACUCUUAGUCGCAUAGUAGUAAACUCAGUUGAAGCGGAUUCCCUUGUUUGUUACACCAUUUUCGUUUCAGAACCUGUUUUGCUAGAUUCAUUUUACUCUUAUUUUUAAAUACUGGCUGAUUACGUUUAGAAACCCAUUCAUCAAUAUUAAAUGUAGAUCAUUGCUUCCUUUUUAAUUUCAUAAUUAACGCUUUUUUAGAAAUCUGAAUUUUAUUUCCUUUGUAUUUAUUUCUAAGCGAAACCUUUUUGUUUGAAAGACAGAUGUUAACAUUUUUGUGAUAGAUACAACAGUGAAAUAAAUGAAUGAAUUUUUACUGUGCUGUUCAUUUAUGUAUGUAAACCACACUGUUGGACAUACUGUUGUUAGAAUCACAAUAGAUUGAUAUAAUUCUGUUGACGCAUUUGGUGGCUUUUAUUAGUCCAAUUAACUUGUACACUACCAAACCUGGAUUGAAUGUUCGCAAAGAAAGCCAUCAUACGUGUUAGCUUCGUGGGGAGGUCAUAUGGCAAAAAAGUCGCUAAACAUAAAGCCAUUUGGCUUAACCAUUUUAAACACUGAAUGGUCAUCUAUGAAAUUAUCAUUUCAUAGUUAUGCUCCUUCUUCCUAAAUGGAAUGUGUUAUGUCAAACGUCCAUUGGUCAUAUAAUGAAACGACAACGCCAACCGACCUUAUGCCAAACGACUUCAUGCCGUUCAGGGUAGCCCCAUUACCUUGUGUCAUCUCAAACAAUUAUCAAAACUACAGCCAUUUAUGUGAGGUUAUUUACGAGCCGGUAUCCCUAAAUUUUGCGAACUAUAAUGAAGGGAGGAACCAAGAACGUAUCACACACCAGCAAUAUCUACAAACCGACCCUACAUGUGGCCCGCCGAACAGGUACAGGUACCGAUCGUAAAGAAAAGACAGGGAAGAGCGCUCUACGUUGUUAAAUUUCUUCAAAUAAGAUGUUACAAAAAUAUAGGUGUGUCAAUAGGUGUUGAAAAGAACACAAUUAAUACAAUCAAUAAUACAAGGAAACAAAUAUAUGAUACGAAAAGACACCAGUGCCGUGUCUCCUAUCCAGCGUAGAGAAAUGAGAAAAUAGCCAACGGUCUCGACAGUUUGUAGAUCCGAGAUAUCUGAAAGUGAAUAUCGUCCAUGUUUUAGAGAUAGAAGUUUACAUUUUUCUACCGAUGGAAUAUUUGCUUAUUUUUUAUUAUAUGACACAAAGGUGAAACGAGACAGAAAUGGAUCAUUGUGAAGAAAUUCUAAUAUUUUAUUAUAAUUUUCCUAUUCUAUAGAGGACGUAGAUUAACUAUGUAGAUUGUUUUGUAAUAGAAAAGCGCGAAGAGUAAUAAUCACUGGCAAAAGAGAGCGAAUGAUAAAACUGAAGCUGAACUUAUUAUAUAUAACUGCAAGAAACGAUGCAACUGUAUAGAUGAUUGUUUUAGACAAAAAUUAAAGAAUGGAACAUAAAGAUGAAAUUGGUAAAAACCUAAA